AUGCUACAUCCAAAAUCGACACCAAAAGAGUCCAAAACGUUGUGCUUACCUAGUUGGAGGCCCCAGUACCAUUGCAUACUUUUACCGCCGCCUCCGAGAGUUGUUGAUUUUGUAGCAAAGGAACUUCACAAGUCCGAGCCGAAUUCUUCUUCCACUGCCGUGUCAGCAAGUCCAAGUGGACAUGAACCAAGGGUGAAGUUGGGCAAGACGCAGCUCUCGGAAGAAGGCGACGAAUAUUCAUCUCUGUGUUCAUCUUAUUUACGGGACCAUUCUUCCUGCUUUGACCUACGCUUCGAAAGCACCACAUAA